AUGCAGCCACUGACGGUUGGUGUGGAAGUUUGUGGCCGCAUUCUUCGCCUCGAAACCUCUGAAGGCGAUACCUUGGAAAGGGUGCAUCAGCUCCUGGAAGAUGUCCCAACAUCAGGAGGCCGGCGCUUGCUAUCGCUGGGUCACAUGCACCUUCAAAGUCACGAGGUCAUUGCCGAUACGGUGGAGCGAUAUGUGGGGGCCACUGGCAGGAGCUUUUCAGAUGUGACGUUCUCCGUGGUGGAUUUUGGGGAGUUGGCGAACAGCCGCGGGACGCCGUGCUGGAUCCCCGACACGGCGCAUCGAGGCAUGACCCUACAUCAGAUGCACAGAGUGCUGCACUUCAUGGGGCAUCAGGCCUUUGCGUGGCACGAAGCGCACAGGGACAGCCCCAACUACGGCAGUCGGAUCUCGGAAGAGAAGUUCAACUUGUACCACGCCAGCUACUGGAUCAUCAAUCCAGCAACUCAAGGCUACGGGCCUUUUGGUUGCAGCUUUGUCGAGCUCAUUGCGGAGGAAAAGGAGGCACAACGACCCAAAUGGUUUGUGUCUCACGCGUGGUUGGAGCCUGUGUGCCUGUUUGUUGCGAAUCUGUCUAGACACGCGCACGUGCGGCAAUUGGAGCUGAACACGGCCUUCUGGGUGUGCGCUUAUGCCAACAACCAGCAUCAUUUGGAAGCUGAUGUGGGAGAACACCCGCGCAGGAGCAGCUUCUAUCGUGCAAUGCAGCGUUGCGAGGGUGUGGUGCUACUCUUGGACGAUCAAGCGACUCCAUUCUUGCGCAUUUGGUGCUGCUUCGAGGAGGCCAUCGCGGUGGAGAAGCGCAACGCCAACGAGCGCCGGCUGCUGUUGGACGUCUGCGCCACCGACGCCGAUGGUGUAGCCCAUGUGAUCACCGACGGCCUGGCCGGUAUCGAGAAGGACAUGGUGCCCUUGCUUGGCUUGCAUCAUAAGACAUGCAGGGAGAUGACAUUCCCUGUGCGAAUCUUGGAGCGAGGCCUGCGAAUCAAUAUUUUGUCAGCAUCUGCUAGCCACGAAGCCGACAGGACCAGGAUCCUGAACAGCAUCGCCUUCCCGCAUGCACCUUUGGAGGAUCUCUCCGCCAUCCCACCCGAGGAGCACAGCACCUACCAAACCGUGAAUUGUGCCUUGUCCGCGCAGUUCGCACUGGCCAGCUGGUGCAACUGCAUUUUGCACGGCUGGGAUGCUGCGCCUUUAGCAAGGGCAUUGUCGGCGGAUAGCUCCAGGCGAGCCGUGCAGCUGUCCUUUACAGGUUGCACCCGCUUUUCGGACCAGGACCUGGCGAUGCUGGUGGAUCAUUUGCCCGAAUCUUUGGAGGUGCUUCGCUUGGAUCUGGGCUUCACGGGGCUACGGACCUUGGAAGCGCUGGAGGAGCUUCGGCGCUGCAAAUCCUUGGUUCACUUGGAGCUCCGCUUUCCCGGCUGCAAGUUUUUGCGCAGUGCUGCUGGCCUGGGCUCUGCGCUGGCUGCCUUGCCACAACUCCGAAUGGUCGCGCUGUGGUUUUCCAAGCUGGUGAACUUGGAGGAUAUUGAAGGUCUUGACGAGGCGUUUCCAACGCUCUCCAAUCUCGAGUGCUUGGCGCUCAACCUGGACAGAUGUCCCAAAGUGCGGCUCGAGGACAGAAAGGCGCUCUUCAAGAGUGUCAAGAAGCUCCGACGCAAAGGGGUCUUGGAGAGCUGGGUGCAUAUCCACGGUGUCGAGCAGGAGAGCACCUUGGCGCGCCUGCUGAAGCGUUGCCAGUGCAGUCCCAAAGCCCGGGCUGCCGAUCACACCGACCCCAUUGUCAAGUACAGCUCGGAGAGGCCCAUCUAUCCACCAGUCUUGCUGGGAAGGCACGGGCCUCCCGCGCGACCUCCGCGCGUGCGAGAGGACUGUGACUCGGUGGGCCUUCAGGUGCAGAAAGCAUGGUAUCUCCUCCAGGCCGCCAAGCACAGCGGGCUGCGGCCGGAGUUGUGGAAAGCCACGCACGUGGUCCGCCAGGCUGCACAAAGCUUGCAGUGGAUGGAUGCCCUGGAUCUCACCGAAUUCUUGGCGGACAAAGGCUACGCUUUCCAUGAAGACUUGCGACAGAGCAAGGUCCUUGUGCACAGCCUGGCUGGUAGAUGGACGUUUUGCCUUCAGGAUUUGGAGAAGAUCCAAUCUGAUCGCUACCUUCGAGUCCAGCCGCUGGCGCGCACGAUGCGCGCCGGCGUGUCGGCCGACGCGUGGCCCACCGUGCUCCAGCUCUUGCAGUGCGUGGCGACGGACACGUCGCAGCUCCGGCGAGGAGCAACGGCGAAGAGGAGAACUCUACUCAACGUGGCGCUCUCAGCCUUUGCUGCUGCGAGAGACCGCCAAGAGCCCCUCCUGGAGCAAGCACUUUCAGAGGCCUAUGCAAAGACAUCCUUACCUUGGAUAAGGGCAAAUGACCUGAUGAAGAACAUCAAGGUCACCUCUCUUCGUCCCAGCCGACGGUCUUGGAACCUGGUGCUGGCGGCGGGUGCGCGGAAUUCCACCUGGAGGGCGACCUGUGACAUGGUAAGGAGGCGGGCUGCUGAAGGGGUCCGCAUGGAUGAUAUGGCACUUGAAAAGCUUCUGAAAGCGCUCAGCCUCAGCCAGGCUUGGCCAAUGGCCUCUUGGAUCCUGGAGGACCAGCUCCAUCAGCUACGCUUUGCUCGCCACUCCAAGCGCCUCUCCCGCGCGGCGCUCCAGGCCGCUGCCGCCCGCGCGGCGGAGGAAUGGUGUGUGGUGCGGCCGGCGCCGUUUCAAAGACAAAGCUGGGUGAAGGCCUUGUGCCUCAUGGAGGCUAGAGGGACAGCCUGCGUUUCUCAGCGGGCAGUGCUGGAAGGGAUGCUUGCAGCGUGUGCCCGGACUAUGGAGACCUCGCGAGCCAUAAAGCUGCUGCAAAGUGCCUAUGCAAGGAGUGUGCAGGUGUCUGGUGCUGCUCACAGCUUUGCCAUGCACGCCGCGGCUUUGAAGUCUCGCUGGGGCUUGUCGCUCAUGCUGUAUGAUGAUUUGCGCCAUUCUGGCAGCAGGCCCACCGAUGUGACCAUCAACAACCUGGCCAUUGCCUUUCGGCACCUCCCACGAAAGUGGGCCUCUGCGGGGCUUUUGUUCCAGGAGAUCCAAGCGCAAGCUCUGCGCCUCAACGCCAUCUUCCUGGGCAAUGCCGUCCGAGGCUCUUCCAGCAGCAGGCAGUGGCAAGAGGCCGUCGAGCUGUGUCGCGUGACCCGGGUGGUCCAGCUGCGGUGUGACGCCUAUGUCUUCAACAACGCCAUGAGUGGCAUGGGACGUCUGGCCCAAUGGAGGCAGACUUUGCAGUUCAUGGAAGAAGCCCGAGAGACCCAGGUCUUCACCUCCGACCCCACGAGCCUUGGUGAGAGAGUGUCCCAGCACCGGUACAAUAGCGGUGUACUGGUGAAGGCACUGGUGCCAUCUCUACACCAAAACACCUCACACAAACGUGUGGACGCAUCACACUGA